AUGUCGUCGAAUGCGCGCGCGACAGGCGGGACACAGCAAGCGGCGCCGGGUGCCGCGCAGCCCGCACGAACCGAUUGGAAGUGGACGGUUGCGCGUGCGCUCCUCAUGUAUGCCGGGGUCAAUGCGGUGACCAACCCGAAGAGUCCGGUUGCAGGGUACGUGAACAAGCUUAUGGGACGGGAGUGGAGUACGCCUCCCGUUGGGUCGUCCAGCGAUAGCGUUGGUACGACGAGUGGAGGGUCAGCGGAUGCAGCGUCAACCACUGCGCCGGUUCAGGGGUUGUUCACCCCUCCAGAAGCACCAGCUAAAGGACCACCGAAUGUCGCACUCCCCAUCUGGUCGGACGACGCACAACUGGACUUCUACAUCUACAUCUCCGCUUCAACCCCUCCCACCCACGAACUGGUCAGGACCCAGGCGUCGGAUCUGAUCCCACAAAGCGGGUUGGGGAACGCACCCGAGAUUCCGUUUGACGCUUUCGCCGAGCUGCUGCGCGAUCCUCUGCACGAAGCGAAGGUGCUAUAUCCGCGGGAGGGGAGGGGGAGCGCAGGCGAGCUGGAACCGAUGGCAGCCGUCAAGUGGUCCGAUAUCACGUUGGGCGAUCUGUCGUUGUCGCGGGAUGUGGAUCUCGAGUUGAAGCUGGGCGAAGGCGUGAGGAGCGGGAACGGCAGUGUUUGGGCGGAUUUCGUCGUCACGCAGAAGGGCGUGAGUCCGGACCCGAGCGAUAAGGCGUACCAUCCGUUGGGCGUGGUGAGGAGCAGAAAGCUGCUGUCGAGGUUGAUGCCGUUGAAGAGGAAGAGGGUGGAGAAGAAUCUGUUCGACAAGACGAACUCAACCCGUACGGAGCAGGAAGAAGAGGAAGAGGAGGAGGAGGAUGGCAAGAUCGUCGGUCACUGGCACAACAACUUGACGCUUGCGCUUGUGCAGGAUGCCGGGGAUGCGGGGGUCCAGUUGAGUCAACUUCCGCCGCCGCUGUUGCAGUACGUCUCCGUAGUGAGGGAUCCGACGAGCGGCGAUAUGGUCGUCGCCCCUCCACCGACGGACCCUCAGCAGGCGGCGGUGCUGCAGCAGGCCUAUGCGACAGGUCGACCUCCCAACGUCCUACGCUACCCGACCGUCUUCCCCAACGACUUUUGGCUGCUCAAAUCGCACAUGCAUCCCAUCAACGAGACGGUCGAAUCGCUCUCAUUGCACGUCCAUCUGUACCAUCAAUCGUGGUUCAAGUUCCAGAUGCUCGCUGCGCUGUCCGAUUCAUUCGACAAGCAAGCCGGUGGUGCUACCGGCUCCGCCACCGGUAGCGAGGUCGACAUGAUCAAGACCAUGCUCUUGGAGACGAACCCUUGGUUCCUGGCCUUGACGAUCAUCGUCUCCAUCCUCCACUCGGUCUUUGAAUUCCUGGCGUUCUCGAGCGACGUUCGUCACUGGAAGAACAAAGACGAUCUCGCAGGCGUCAGCGUAGGCAGCAUCGUCACCAACAUUGUGGUUCAGCUGAUCAUCACCCUGUACCUGUUGGACAAUAACGAGGACACCAGCUGGAUGAUCCUCGCCGGACAGGCGGUGGGUGUCGUGGUGGAAUGCUGGAAGUUGACCAAAGCGGUUUCGGUGUCGAUCGUGAGACGAGACGGGUUGAUCCCGUACCGGAUCAAGGUCGAUUCGAAGCACAAGUUGUCGGUGGAAGAGCAGAAGACGCAAGAGUACGAUCGAUUGGCGUUCAAGUACGUCGGAAUCGCCAUCGGUCCACUCCUCUUCGCCUACACGAUCUACUCGGCUCUCUACCAGACCCACCGUGGAUGGUGGAGCUUCAUCAUCUCCACCGCGACGUCGUUCGUCUACGCGUUCGGCUUCGUCUCGCUCGUCCCGCAGCUGAUCGUCAAUUACAAGCUCAAAUCGACGGCAGGCAUGAACAGCAAGACGUUCGUCUACAAGAUCUUGGGCACGUUUGUCGACGACAUGUUUGCGUUCUGCAUCAAGAUGCCGACGUUGCACAGGCUGGCGUGUUUCAGGGACGACGUAGUGUUCUUUGUGGCGUUGUAUCAGAGGUGGAUCUAUGGGGUGGAUCCCACGAGGAGGAACGAAUUUGGACAGACGUUGGAGAAGAAGGAUGAGGAUGCGAAAGACAAAGCGAAGGAGAAGGAGGGUGAAGAGCAGGUGGACGGAGAGAAGGUGGCAGCCAAGACUUCGGCAUUGGAGGAAAAGACUAGUGGGCUCAAGAAGAGAGGUUGA